AUGUCGGAUCCGUUCUUGUACUCUUACCCGUCCCCCUUGAAAGGCUAUGAGAACCUUCCACCUCUUCCUAAAGACUUGAACGAAGAUGGAAAAUCUUUCAAGAACACAGUGACAGGCAUUCUGAGCGAGAGUUACCAGAGAUUUACCUCUGGCGUGACAAACGGCCGUCGAGGCGGAUUUGACAUUCAUAUUUACUAUCACCACAAUAGUGAGGAGCAGAGAGAAUUUGCGAAAGAGUUGUGGGAGAGGGUUCGGAGGGAAUUUCCAGAGUUGAGAAUAUACCGACUCUGGGAUCGUCCGGUUGGACCACACACGAUGGCCAUGUUUGAGGUCAAUAUUUUCACACCAGCACAGUUUGGGGCUUUCAUACCCUGGCUGAUCAUCAAUCGAGGGCCGCUGUCUGCUCUCGUUCAUCCCAAUACGGAUGAUGGCGAUGAAUUGAGAGCACACAGCCAGCGAGCGACCUGGCUGGGAGAGCGUGUUCCGCUUGAUCUGGGCAUGUUGAAGAAGUUCCAGGACAAAAAGCGACAAGAACAGGAGAAUGGGAAGAAAGAAUAG